AUGGGUCUUCCAUCAGGUACAUAUCGUAUCAGCUGCCUCGCAAACCAGAAGAUGGUUGGCCUUCGCUUCGACGACUUGAUGAAUACUGGAGACCCUAUCAAGCAGAUCUAUGCUAGUGAUGAUACUGACCCAACAUGGAAAUUCGAGGAACUUGGCGACGGUCGGUACAUUAUCAAAACUUCACAUAUGGGUAACGUGCUUGCUGGGGAACGAGAUCAUGCAUUAUGCGCAUUCGGUGGAGGCUCCCCUGUUGGAAUGGGGAAUAAUGGACCAUGUGAAUGGGCUGUAGAGGAAGCUGAUCCAUCCGGUGGUGUUUACAAGAUCCAUAAAGUUGACUCACAGGAGGGGUGGAUGGUCCAAGGUGAUAGGGUCAGCAUCGGGUUUCCAAAUGAUACCGAUGAAGAGAAGUUUAUGAUUAUCCCGACUAUGGGAUAA